AUGGCUCAGUCAGAAGACCUCGAUGCUACAACUGACAGCGAGAGCAAUGGCCAGAUGUCCGACAAUGACGAUCUCGAGCAAGUUGUAGCCAUUGAGUUGGCGGCACCGCGACUUUCCACAGGAUCAGAGGACUCAGCAAGUGUCAAAUUCAGUGAUGAAACGGACGACGAGGAGCACGUCGACUCGUCCCGAUCUACGCAAGCGUCACUGCACGACCUGAUAGAGGCAGCGAAGGAUGACGAAACUGGAUUGGCAGAUCUCGAGAAAGCCCUUUCGGACUGGAAGGAUUAUGUCAACACUCGAGCCCCGAACAAGCUCCACGAAUCGGGUUUACAUAUGCUGGCAAAGAAGGGGUUCUACAAGAUGGCGAAUUGUCUCAUCAAUCAUGGAGCAGACAUUCAUGCCGAAAACUCUUACAAGGUACAGCCAUUACAACUUGCUUUCAAAGGGAAAAGCACCGAGCUUGUGAAGUUGCUGUUAGAGAAAGGGGCUCGAGUUGAGCAUUUAGAUUCAGACGGCUACCUUCCACUUCACUGGGCAAGCCGUUACGGGGGUCACGCAGUCAUAUCUCAACUGCUCGGUCCAGAAAACAUGUUCCUGAACCAAAUGGAGCCUCUACAUCAACAGACCCCACUCAACAUGGCUUGCUACUAUGGCAGGACAGAGGCUGUGGGGGUGCUUCUGGGGCAUAAUGCGGACCUCUAUCCCAGGGACAUUUAUGGAUGGACAGUAUUCUUCACAGCAGCCUCGAAGUGCUACUAUGAGACCUUGCAGAAGUUAAUAGAUCAUGCCCAGACACUGGAUGGAAAGCCCUUUGACAUACCCAAUAACGAAGGAAGGACACCCCUGACACAACUGUGUGCGAAUGCAUUCGAAGAGAAGGGAGACUAUCAACGCGAUAGAAACUGUAUUGAUGCUCUUCUUAAGCUCAAUCCUGAUGUCAAUGCGAGGGAUGACGAGAAAGGAACCGCCCUUCAUUUUGCAAUCGAAUCCGCGAUACUAGCGCAUGAUGCCUCAGUCCCCCUGGAAAUUAUCCACCAUGUUGCAGAUAACUUAUUGUUGGCAAGGGACAGUGAUGGCAGUACCGCGUUCGAUAUCCUGUUCGACGAAGAUGGUAUGGAUGAGGUGCUUCGCCCAGUUCUCGAUACACUCAUCAGCCGUUUGCACCCUCCUGGCACAAACAUAGAGGACCUCGACAAGGAUCUUCUUUACUGGGUGAUUGCUGAUGUGCAACGUCAUAAGUUGGCGCAACAAAUACUAUCCACAGCCUCGGCUGCUGAGAAUGUCCCUGAACAUCUUGACUCCUCUUCGUGGCAAGUGAUGGAAUGGUUAGUGUAUUACCGUCUUCAAGGACCUCUUCUUCAUUACAUAUCCACGCGAUCUGAGGAGAUCGCACUUGACCAUCGUGCUCUCAAUUCCGAGUAUAAACGGUGCAGGGAUCUGCUUGACAAAUUCAGGAACACUACAAGUACACUGCCAUCUAGUGGUGUCGACAAAGGCAAAAAGCCUGAUGUUGCAACGCGUCAGUCUGACAAGAAAAAUGACGAAGACGGGAAACAAGAUAUUCGGGACCUGGAGGAGAUACUGGAGUUAUUUCUUGUCAGAAGACCGUGUAAAAGUAUCGAGGUCCUGACCCUACUUGAACCUGAUGAGAAGAUGUUGGAGGCGCUAUCAGACGUCCGAGCGACUGUGUUGCAGAGCUACGACUCGUCCAUAAGUUCCCGUGAAAUCUACCGGUUUCGCUCAGUGAAAGACAUCGUAUAUGGGCAAGAUACCAUAGAAGUCUUUACUGAAACGUUAAACAGGAUGCUGAAAAAGUUAUAUCUACCGAAAGACCUACCAGCAGAAGUGGCGGCUGGAUUCACCAUGAAUACAGUGAUGGACCAAGUCGAGUUCACAUGGGUUCACCUCCCAUCAGCUAAUAUAGAUUGGAUGCAAAAUGUCGCGAAGAAGAUCUUGAAACGCGAGAACUGCGGGGAAACUCAGAAUCGAGGAAUCAUGUCAUUCUUCCGGGACAGUUGGGUCCAGAUCCCAGAUCAGACCUCAUCUUCGCGACUAAUGCGCCCGCGUUACGUUGAGCGCCAAAGGGCAACUGACAGAAAGGGCGGCGCUGAUAUUAAUGGGUCAGACAUUGGUAAGGAGGAAGCAAAUAGCGCAGUUUCAACUGCGACACCAAGCACAGCAAGUCUGGGAGACACCGAAGACGAAAGCGCGGACGGUCGAAGCAGCAACAGUAACACGGACCAGGGCUCUACUUCGGAAGGCAGCACUAAAACGACUGAAGAGCCCGAUUCUGAAUUCCUGGACGCCUCUGCUUUAUAUAUGCCGUACUUGGAAUUUUCCUUCUAUCAUCGUGAUGAAGACAACGUAUGUACAGAGGAAUAUUCUCAGAGCGCGGCUGUCAAAUAUUUCGAUGCUAAAGAGAAUGAAAUUUUGAGUGACCUGAAAAAGCGCAACACGCUUCUGAAUGCAUACAAAGCUUCGGCUUUCCACGAACCCUCGACGCUGGACGAGUUUUAUUAUCACUUCGCAGAUGAUUCAAAUGAAGAGAGAAAUAUGCGCAACAGGACACAGGUAGUAACCAAAUACCUAUAUCCAAAUGGCUUAGAGGGUCGGAACUAUUGGCCGUUAUUGCGUGUUAGCCAGUUGUGGAUCUGGAUUAUUGAUGACACGAAUGGCGAAAAGGAUGAUCUUGUAGCCAAUGUCCUCAAAUAUGUUGACAAUGAGGUAGAGAGUGGAAGCUAUCGAGCCCCCCCAGCCUCAGCCAACGACAUGAGUAGGGUGAUUGUCGACUACUGUAUCUAUGCCUACGAGCAGAAGAGAAACGAAGACUAUGUCAGCGGCGAACAUACCCGAGAGGAUCCAGAGGCAAACGCAGCGAGCGAUGGGACGCAAGUAGCAACUAUCGAUGACGACAAGGGCGUCGUCUCUCAGCAACUAGCACGGCGGAAGCAACGGUCUAUUCGCCAGGUUUACUCCGAUUACGUCAAUGAGAUAGGAAGAAGAGAAUCUAAGCUAUUCAGUCUCUUCAGCGACCGAGACCAGCAGUUGAAGGAAACCGGGUACAGAUCGUUCACUGUGGAAGAACUAGACCGUGCGCUGGGGGAGGGCGCAUCACAGCUGCAUCGGAUCAAGGACGUUCGAGACGAACUCAAUAUUCUCAAGACUAUCGCCAGAUACCAACUAAUCGUGAGAUCAAAAAUGGCUGGCGAGACCAGGAGGAGAGAGGAUCUCCUAGCUGCCUAUGUGCUAGGUGAUAUCAUCGAACUUGACAACAACGCAAAUCAAUUGCACGAUGCUUUCAUUAGUACAAUUUCCCUCCAAGAGAGUGAGCUUGCGAAUUUUCAAGCACAACAGGCGGUGAAGCAAGGAAAGACAGUGAUGGUUUUCACUGUUGUGACUGUAUGGUUUCUACCUAUGUCCUUUCUCACCUCUCUGUUUGCACUCGAUGUCUCUUCAUUUCUUCAAGCGCCUGUAUGGGCUUUAGUCAUAGUCUUUACGGUGCCGCUACUUUUCCUUGCGGCUGCGGGUGUCUACAUGUAUCACGCGGACAAAGGUACAAAGCAACAACGACAGUCUUUCGCUGAGAGAACAGCAGCUAGAGAGUCUAGAGUUCCCAGACAAAAGGACAGGUCGGCUACACAGGAGACUCCAUUUUAUCUGGGAUCUUUGAGGAAGAGGCACUCUAGGCAGCCGGAGCAGGACGUAGAGAAUGGACUGAAUUAG